AUGGUGUUUCAAGCAGUGUCCUGGUUUACAGGAUAUGUUUCCAGCCAGCCAGUUGUUGCCUACACCACGCUGGAGUGUAGUGGGCUUCUGAUCCUCAGUAAUCCCAGCUCCAAAACCCUAACUGUCAACUUCGGUUUUCUCCUGAUGUUCUUUGCCAGAGACUCCAGUUCCCCAACCUCUAGCAAGGGAUCCCAGCUGUUGGGCUUCAUGUUCUUCCAAUUACUGACUAUCAGACCCGUUAUCCCAGCAUCAAAGCAGCCAGUUGGUGGACGAGUGAGUCGAGAAUUAAAUUAUACACGGCAGAAGAUUGGCGAAGAGGCCAUGUUUAACCCUCAACUGAUGAUUCAGACUCCACAUGAAGAUGGUGCCAAUAUACUAACAAUAGAAGCACUCAGACAGCACCUUGACUCUGCACUUCAGGCCAGCAGAGUAGAUGUUUAUAUGUACAACAGAAAAUGGAAAUUGGAACACUUAUGUUAUAAAUCAGGAGAACUCAUCACAGAAGCAGGGUACAUGGACCAGAUCAUAGAAUAUCUUUAUCCUUGUUUAAUCAUCACUCCUUUGGACUGCUUCUGGGAGGGAGCAAAGCUACAGUCAGGAACUGCCUAUCUAUUGUAA